AUUCGUUUGGGGUUUUUUUUUGCCAUUGCUGAGGUAAAAUGGCAAGCGUGCUUAACUGCUCUAGUGCUGUGUAUCUUUCCCAAAAAAGCUUAUUGAGGACAGUUUUCUUUAGAUGCCCUGAAAUCAGCCUCAAAAUGAUGGCACUCAAUUAACCUUUUAUUAUGUGGUCAACAUUCUGCACAGAGUGGGGGAAAUGGUUGUGGGCUAAAUAGGGCUUAAGUGGAGUCUUCUGCUAGCUUGCUGACUUUAACCCCGAGAAAGCAUUCAUUCUCUUUAGUUGCAGAUAAGUUAUCUUAAAGAUUCUGUGGUUAAAUCCCUUUAACUAAAAUAAUUCAAUGCAUUGGUUGAAAGGCAGAGCUGUCAAAGGCUUUCCUCUCCAUUCUAGUCUGCCUCUAGAUAUUCAUUAUGCUUGAGUUGUACCUGACCAGAAUAAAUAAUCACUAUACACACAGCUGCCUAAAAGAGGAACCUAGAAACUUCCAGGCUAAUUCUGAUGAGGAAAGUUAAUUGUUUCUGAAGCACGUGGCAUUUUAACUUAUGAUGUGAUGCAGUUUUAAUGCUGCUAUCGAGUAUUUCUAAUGUGCUCCUCACUUUAAUAUUAUCUUUACCUAAGCAGAUUUCUGUAUGUCUAGUGACCUUCAAAUACUACACAAAAUCAAUGUAGCUUAUUGGAUGCCCUUUAUUUAAUUUGACACAUGGGCUUGUCUGAGCUAAUUGCUUUCAUACAUUAUUUACCCUGGUGUUACAUAGCAGUGCUGUGAUCAAGUGAAGCCUUUUACCAUGGUACAGACAGGAAUAUAUAAUCUAUUUCUUUCCCUUUAUGAUCACCCAAAAGGGUAGCUUUUGCUUGAUUUAUCAAUUCCCAGGGUUUGGAAGGUUGCAGUUGACUGGCAUCGGCUACAUAAUGGAAAUUUGAAAAAGAAAAUCUUUUACGUCGGUGAGCAUGUACUAUCUUCUUCUUCCUUUUUAAAAUGUUAGUGCUGCUUCACACCUACUUUGGAGACAGGAGGAUCUCCUUUCCAUUGUUUGCUGUGCAGUUUAGGUAGCCAGCUGUCCUUGAUGCUCACUGUUACCACAAGUCUGAGUGCUGCUCUUCUCCAGUGUUGUUAAUGGAGAAUUGAUCAGAAACCCUCCCUGCUCUUUCUCCCUGUUGUAAUGUGUGUGUUGCACUUUGUGCUCAGGUUGAAGGUUCUUAAAAGCAAAUAAAAGCUGUGAAGACUUGUUUUCUGGACCACUAAUUCCUUUACUGUUGAUAAAAUGAAUUCUAGUAUAUGGCAGUCAAGCUGGUGUUCCAAGGUUGUUCCCACCUUUUAGGUCAGCAUUUGUUUGCUACUACACUACCCUGAGGUGCUCUCCACCUGCACUUUGUAAAUAUGGGACUCUGAUGUGAUUAAUCAUAUUUAACUGGGUUGCUUUUCAUAAUGUGCAAAAGGUGCCUGUGGCAGUGCUAGUACCUUGUCAGCCACUUAGGUCGGGGGGGCAGGAGGUAGCAGUCUCUCUACGCCCAAGUCAGUGUUCUAAACCCUUCUGUAGUUUGCACAGGGUGGCCCAAAGGCCUGAGUCCAUCUACUUCCCCUUGCCGAUCAGGGUAGGGCAGCCUAGCAGCCAGAGUCCAUACAAUGCAUUCCUAGGGUAGUGCAGUCCAAUGGCCAGAGUCAACCUAAUUCCUCUUCCCUAGUGGAGUAGUGCAGCCUAGUGGCCAGACUCCAUAUUAUUCACUGUAUGGGGCCAGCUCCUCUCAAAGGAGGGUAGCCCAGGAAGGGGGACCUGGGCCCACCCAUUCCACUGGGUCCCAACCCAGGGCCCUGCAAGUGGUGAGUUCUCCUCACCAGUGGUCCGGUGGGGAUCCUCCCAAAACACGCCGGCCUGAACAGUCUCAGCACCGUUCCCCUUUAAGAACUCCCUGGGUCACUUCCUACAUAUUCUCAGAUUCUGGGCGUGUCUGGGCUCUGCGUCUCAGGGUGCAAGCCUCUCUUCUGCUGCAGAGAGCAACAAGCCUCCUUCCCCUCUGAAGAUCCACCCUGACUGAGCAGCUCUGCAGGCUUUUAUACCUGACUUCCAGGUGGAGCAUGUCUGGGCAUGGCUUCCUCUGCUAGGAGGGAAGGAUUAACCCCCGCUGUACCAGUGUGGGGCUAAUCUGCCCCGUCACAGUGCCGAGUUGGACACUGAAGCGCUUUCAUUCUGAGAUGCAGUGUGUGCUGUGGCUAUAUCACAGUUCUCCAAGUGCCUGGCUGACCUUUUGAGAGAGAGCCGUUGUACUCUGCUACUGAGCCUUUUUUGAGCAGAAAGCAUUGAACUAUUCCACAUUCUACAGAAGUGGGUGAUGUGGACCCCCUGUUUGCUAGGGAGUAAAGAGAAGAGCAGAUUUUUGGGGGGUCUGAGUUUGAAGAGGUACAGAAGAAUGAAGGGUUUUGUCUCAGCCAGAGCUUUGUGAUUUCAUUUGCUGGGUGAUCGUCGAUUGGAGUGCAGUAAGGAGACUGAAUACUGCAACAGUAAAACAUGUCUGUAUGUGUUUUUAAAAAGCUCUCAUAGGAUUAUUUUUGUACCAAACUGCUUAUAGAUUAUAGAUUUAUUUAUUUAUUUAUUUUUUAAGACCAGAAGGGAUCUCAUGCAAAUUCCAGGCACUAGGCUUUCACCCAUCAUUCCUGGAGUGGAGGCAGUCAUUUCCCUGGCUGUGCGAGUGAACUCUGUUGAGGAUAUCUCUUAGAAAGGGGGAAAUAGGAGGUGAAUUGUGUGUCCUCCUAGCAGCCUUCAAUUAAACUCAGACUGCCAUAGAUCAAACAACAGAACAGAUGGAUAAUGGAGACUGGGGAUAUAUGAUGACUGAUCCAGUCACAAUAAAUGUGGGUGGACACUUAUAUACAACAUCCCUCACCACUCUAACGAGAUAUCCUGAUUCAAUGCUUGGGGCCAUGUUCGGGGGAGACUUCCCCACUGCCAGGGACUCUCAGGGCAAUUACUUCAUUGACCGAGAUGGACCACUUUUCCGGUAUGUUCUUAACUUUUUAAGGACUUCAGAGUUGACUUUGCCACUGGACUUCAAGGAAUUUGACUUGCUUCGAAAAGAAGCAGAUUUUUAUCAAAUUGAACCCCUAAUCCAGUGUCUUAAUGACCCUAAGCCUUUGUAUCCUGUGGAUACCUUUGAGGAAGUAGUGGAGCUGUCCAGCACACGGAAACUUUCCAAAUAUUCCAAUCCAGUGGCAGUAAUCAUAACACAGUUAACCAUCACAACUAAGGUCCAUUCAUUACUGGAAGGCAUUUCAAACCACUUUACCAAGUGGAAUAAGCACAUGAUGGACACAAGAGACUGCCAAGUUUCCUUUACUUUUGGGCCAUGUGAUUACCACCAGGAAGUUUCCCUCAGAGUCCAUCUGAUGGAGUACAUUACAAAACAAGGUUUCUCUAUCAGAAAUACAAGAGUUCACCAUAUGAGCGAGCGGGCCAAUGAAAAUACAGUGGAGCACAACUGGACUUUCUGUAGACUGGCUCGGAAAACGGAUGACUGAUGUAUGACUCCACAGAUGUCAUUUCAGUGGUUACACACAACUUCCUGGAACAGCAUACCUGAGAGAAUCUGGUUUUGACUAAAGCAACAGCAUGGGCUUUUUUAUGAGUCUAUUUAUUUAUAACCAUUAAGGAUUGGAGAAGUUACAUGCUCUAGCAAAUCUGUUUUUUGUCUUGUCCAGAAAAAGAUAUGCAUGUGCCUGUUCACACUGUUAAGACACUUUUUUUUUUUUUAAAGAGGGGGGUCUUAAAUAUCAGUAUGGUAGGACAUUUUAUGUCAGCUCUUUCGACCUAAAGUGCUAAAUUCACCUGUUUAAAUGGUCUCUAAUCCAUUUAAUGCUAAAACACUCAGAGUAAAGAACAAACAGGAUUUAAGAUGCAGAUGCGGGAAAUGCUAGCAUCAUGUAAACUAACCUAGUUUCUAAAUCAAUAAACAGUAUUGUAAUAUUUUAUGAAAACAAAUCCUACCCUUUUAAAGUACUUGUUAAGUAUGGCUUUUUACAGUUAUGACAACUGUUUUUCUAUGCAUAUAAAUCAAGCAACCAAAUAUCUGUAGCCAUGAAAAUGUGAUUAGAAAUAUUUAUACUGGAUUCUGAAUGCAAAAUAUCCCUGUGGUAGAAUUCAUACUUUUAAUGCCUGGUGCAAUAUUAUUCCCAAGUGUAAUGCCUGCCAGCAAGAAGCUAAUAAAAAUGUCAAAUAUGGAAAUAA